AUGGCUGAGAGCAUUGAGGUUCCUAAGACGGAUGCGUUAGGCAGAAAGGUGUGGGACAAGGCGUUCUACGCUAAGAGAGCAGCGGUUCGUCAGUUUGAGGACGGCCAAGAUUUCGAUCAUGACGACUUUUUAUUAGACCCCAGCCAAAGCAGAAAAAAGGCAAGGAAAGAGGCACCUCCACCAGCUGAACGGCGUCCGUUGGAACAACGAAAGGACGCUGUUUCUUUGGAUACAGAACUAGGGAAAUCAAAAAUUGUUACAACUCAUACCCCCAAACAACAACAAGGAGGUUAUUGGUGCACAGUGUGCGAAUGUCUUAUUAAGGAUAGCCAAGCGUAUUUGGAUCAUAUCAAUGGGAAGCGGCAUAAUCGUUCAUUGGGAAUGACAAUGAGGGUCGAGAGGGUUGGAGUGGAUCGUGUCAAGCAACGACUGAAUCAGAUCAAGCAGGUACAGCAUGGAGAAGAGGAUCAAGAAGCUAACGAUAGUCCAGCAGCAAUUGCUGCAAGACUUCGUAGAAUGUUCGAAGAACAAGCGAAAGCUUCUGCAAACUAA